AUGGAUGAACACAUUAUUAAUCAGAUGUUAGAUUCUGAUUUCGACGAGUUUGAUGAUAUAGACGACACCGAUGAAGAUCCAACUUGGGAAAAUGAUGAUGUGAACUCUUGUUUUCAAGAUAAAAUAUUUGACGAUAUUGUGCAGGAUAAUUACAUUAAUCAUGAUAUUUCCCAUAUAAGUGACUCUGAUACUGAUGAAGAACCUACACAAACUGUGCGAAAUACUGGACGUCCUAGAAAAAAAACUCAACAAGAUGAUAAUCCUAGACAGUGGAGAGAUGACGACUCAGUAAUUAAUUCAUAUAUAUUUAAUCCUGACAAUGGAGAUUACAGUGUUAACCCUGAUUUGUACGACACAUUAUAUGAUGGUUCUCCUAUUGAUUUUUAUCACUUAAUAGUAGAUCAAAAUAUUAUAAAUAACAUUGUCAUUGAAACCAAUAAGUAUGCUGCACAGCAAAUAGCCAGCAAAGUUAUUUCUCCACAUUCACGUCUUAAUAAGUGGUAUGAUACUAAUGAAAGUGAAAUGAAAUGUUUUUUAGGCCUUUUAUUGUGGACUGGUUUAGUUUCUCUACCCUCCUAUGAUUUAUAUUGGAGUACUUCAGCUAUUUUUAAAACUGAAUUUAGUACUUUUAUGAGUAGAAAUAGGUUUGAAAUUUUAUUGCAAAUGAUUCAUUUUGCAGAUAACAGUAAGGCAGAUCCAAAUAACCGUUUGUACAAAUUAGGAAGUGUAAUAGAUAAUGUAAUGACCAACUCAAAUAAUUGUAUGCAGCCAUAUGAAAGUUUUUGUAUAGAUGAGUCUUUGAUCAAAUUUAUGGGUAGAUUGUCAUUCAAACAAUACAUAAAGAACAAAAAAAGUAGAUUUGAGGCCAAUGCAGAACUAAAUGUAGGCUCAAAAAUAGUACUUGAGUUAUCUGAACCAUACUUAGAUUGUGGGAGAACUCUUUAUGUUGAUAACUGGUAUACUAGUAUUGAACUAGCCGAAUCACUAAAUGAUAGGCAAACACAUUUGGUUGGAACCUUGAGGGCAAACAGGAAAUCUAAUCCAAAAGAUGUCACACAAAAAAAAUUAAAAAGGGGUGAAGUUAUUUCAAUGCGUAGCUCUUCAAAUAUUUUAGUUCUUAAAUGGAAGGAUAAACGUGAUCUGUACAUGUUAUCUACAAAACAUGAUAGUGAAAUGAUAUCAAUUGAUCACCGUGGUAAAUAUAUUGAGAAACCUAAAGUCGUAAUAGAUUAUAACUUAGGUAAAUCACCAAUUGAUUUAUCAGACCAAUUGAGUUCUUAUUCCAACCCAUUGCGCCGCAGUAUUAAAUGGUAUAAAAAGGUUGUUUUAGAUACAUUGCUAAAUAUUGGAGUUGUAAAUUCCCUUGUUUUAUUUAAUAAAGUAACUAAUUCUAAGAUGACAAUUACUACUUUUCGGACAAUUUUAGUGGAAAACUUGGUUAAAAAAAAUAAUAUAAUGCCUCCAAAAGUUACUAUGAACCACGAUUUUGUUAAAUCUGGAAGAAGUAGAUGUUUUAAGUGCUAUAAAAAAAUGGUAUCUGAAAAGGGUAGGACAUAUGCACAAAAUCAUUCAACAAAAGUGUAUACUAAAUGUUUAGCUUGCAACAAAUAUUACUGCCAAAUGUGUUUCAUGAGAGAUCAUAAAAUUAAAAAAUAA